AUGGAACGGGAUCUGGACUGGACUCCUGAUCCGGUGGAUGCUCUACCCGAUUUCCGUAAGGGCGUGGUGGAAGAUGUGGUGGAAUCGCUAAUUUCAAUUUUCGAUUCAAAAGACGUGUUCAUGAGUGAGCUGACCAAAGUGUUCUCCGAGCAGCUGCUUCGUAUCACAAACUAUGACGUUCGGGAAGUCUAUGGCAAGCUCCAGCUGCUGAAAUCGAGAUUCGGCAACUCAGAAUUUUUGUCCUUGGACGUUAUGCUCAAGGACAUCAUUCAGAGUCGCAAGUUGGACAAGCUUAUCAAUUCAGAUAAGGUGCACGCAUCCAUCAUUUCGCAUAUGUACUGGCCCGAAUUGCCAGAAGAGAAGUUCAAGCUACCGGAAGAGAUACAGACCAAUUUGCAACAGUACGAGGAAGAAUUCAAGCGGAAGAAGAAAGGACGCAGACUCACGAUCUUCCCGGGGUUCUUAAAGACUGCGGAGUAA